GCUGAAGGCCAUCCCGCUGGGGCGCUGCGGCCUGGAUCUCAUCGUGCAGGCCAAGUCUGGCACUGGCAAAACCUGCGUGUUCUCCACCAUCGCCCUGGACGCCGUGCUGCCGGAGAGCCCCGCCACGCAGAUUCUGAUCUUGGCUCCUACGCGAGAGAUUGCUGUGCAGAUUCAUGCUGUAAUCACGACUAUUGGAAUAAAAAUGGAAGGCUUGGAAUGCCACGUCUUCAUUGGAGGUACUCCUUUGAACCAGGACAAAAUCAGACUAAAGAAGUGCCACAUAGCAGUUGGCUCCCCAGGUCGAAUAAAACAGCUCAUAGAGUUGGACUACUUGAAUACAGCCAGUAUCCGGCUUUUCAUUCUUGAUGAAGCAGACAAGCUUCUAGAAGAAGGCAGCUUUCAGGAGCAAAUCAAUUGGAUUUACUCUUCACUGCCAGCCAAUAAACAGAUGCUUGCUGUUUCAGCUACUUAUCCUGAAUCAUUAGCUAAUGCUUUGACCAGGUACAUGAGAGAGCCAACAUUUGUGAGGUUGAACCCUACUGAUCCAAGUCUCAUUGGGCUGAAGCAGUAUUACAAGAUUGUGAAUUCCCAUCCACUUCCACAUAAAACAUUUGAGGAAAAAACCCAGCACCUACAGGAGUUGUUCAGCAAGAUUCCAUUUAAUCAAGCCUUAGUCUUCUCAAAUUUGCAUAGCAGGGCUCAACAUCUAGCUGAAAUACUAACAUCCAGAGGCUUUCCUGCUGAGUGCAUUUCAGGCAGCAUGAAUCAAAAUCAACGACUUGAUGCUAUGGCUAAAUUAAAGCAAUUCCACUGUAGAGUUCUGAUUUCCACAGACUUGACAUCUCGCGGAAUUGAUGCUGAAAAAGUGAAUCUGGUUAUCAACCUGGAUGUGCCUGUAGACUGGGAAACGUACAUGCAUCGUAUUGGCAGAGCUGGGCGCUUUGGAACUCUAGGCUUAUCUGUGACAUACUGCUGCCGCGGAGAGGAGGAAAACGUGAUGAUGAAAAUUGCUCAGAAAUGUAAUCUUCAGCUUCUUCCUCUACCAGAGCCUAUACCUCCUGGAAUGAUGGAUCAAUUUGAAGAUGGGGAGGUAGAAGUCAAACCUGUUACACAUACAGGUACUUCAGUGAAUUCUGACACUGUGUGUCUUAGACCAGAGGAACCGGUACUGCAUCCUGUCCAAAAUAGUUUUUCGGAGGUACCUCAGCCUCUUUCUAAUCUUCCGGGUGAUAAUUCUUCUGUAGAAAGGCCAAAAAAGGCUCUGAAGCAAAAGCAGAUUAAAAAGUGCACAGAUUCUGCAAUUACAGAAAAAGGUAGCAGAAACCCCCAAACUUCCAGUUGCCAUACAGAACGGAGGAAUCAAGUCAAAACUGUCUCCAGAACGGAUGGACAACGUAACACUCAGUCUCCAGAUGAGGAGGCCUUAAAAAAAAAUCUUCCCAGAAUUCCAUGCUUGUCUGCUUUCAAAAACCAGCAGAACAACCCCUGGAACUUCUCAGAGUUUGUUGAAGACUAUGAGUAUUUCAUUAAAGAAGGGUUGGAGAGAGAGGUCGAAAUUUUAAGAAGCUAUUCAGGCCCAGGAGAACGAUGUGAGCUCCCCAGAAAUGGUGGUGUAGAGUGGAAAGAGGCAGAACGUAACACUGAGAUGGUAGCAAACGGUGUUGUGUCUGGUGACAGUGAUGGUUCGUACAGUUCCAGGGCUUCCUCCAAUAGUAGGGAAAAUAACUCGUGCUUUGAAGCAUUUUCAGAUACACAGAAGAAUGCUGUUCCCAGAAUGUAUCAGGGUCAUGCAGGCUUCUGUCCUGCACCAGAGAAGCCUCAGGAGCUAUCACAAGUCCCAAAGCAAAACCAAGUGAAAAAGAAAGUUCUGAAACAAAAUGCUAAACAAAAGAAAAGCCAUUGCCAUCAAUUCCCUAGUCCUUCCCCAAGAAAAACUGAAGAUGAGUGCUCCUGCAGCUCUUGGGAUGAUGGUGUUCCAUAUGAGGCUUGGAGUUAUAAAAACUACUGGAAAUCUUAUUAUCAGGCAUGGCAAAACUACUAUGCUGCGGUGUCUCACUAUAGGAAAAGUUACAGACAAUUUAACUGGAUGAAUGCCUAUCAUGUCAACUCGGUCUAUCUUCAGGAACUGCUGAAAAGCGGUGAUUGAUGUACUGACACUGCUGUUAGGGACGGGCUGGUUGGUACCAUGAAUGGACAUUAUCUGUGAAAACGUAACUGCUGGUCUACAAGUACAUUGACAAACAUAAGCAGACAUUGUUUAGGAUUGAAGAAAAAUGUUGUCUUUUUCAUAAGCCAGCUGUGUCUAGGUAAUGUUUUACAUGCAUUCCAGUGUCGGUGUUACAAGUUGUUAAUAAAAGGAAAUGA